GUUAUUGUUAGCGUAGAAGAGACCGUACCUGAAGUUUCAGCAAAGAAGAGAUUCGACUCCAUCGAAGCUAUCAACCCUGUCACCCAGCGCACCUUGAGCAAGCUGUUCAAGUAUGAAGAGAUGUCCCCUGUCCAAGAAGCAGUUCUCUCUAAACUUCCCAACACAAAUGACAUGUUUGUCAAGGCAAAGACAGGUACCGGAAAGACUCUUGCUUUCCUUAUCGCUGCAAUUGAGACCGCAAUGGCUGGAAAGACUCCCAAAGACCUCCAGUACUUUGAAGGAACCUCGAUCAUGAUCAUUUCGCCCACUCGUGAGUUGGCUAACCAGAUCGCCGACGAGGCUGCUAAGCUCUGCUCCCACUAUCCCUUCAAGGUCCACUGCAUGGUCGGUGGUGACUCUAAGCGCCGUCAGAUUAUGGGUUUGGAACGCAGACGUUGUGACAUCGUAGUUGCUACCCCUGGUCGUCUCAACGAUAUGCUUUCCAGCGUUCCCAACUUCAAGAAGAUGUGUGAGAACCUCAAGGUUCUUGUGUUGGAUGAGGCCGAUCAAUUGCUCGACAUGGGUUUCAAGGCCGAACUCCAGCGCAUCUUUGCCAACAUUCCCGAAGAACGUCAGACCAUGCUCUACUCUGCCACAAUCUCCCAGGACAUCCGCCGCAACCUUGGUGACUUUGCCCUGUCUCCUAAAUACGAUCUCAUUGACACCGUCGGUAAGGAUGACAACACCCACGUCCACGUCAAGCAGUCUGCUCUCGUUGCUCCUUACGGCGAGCAGCUCGGUCUUGUCCGCAACCUAUUGACCAACUACGAGUCUGCCAACACCGGUAAAGUCAUCGUCUUUUUGCCCACCACAAAGUCCACAAUCUUGUACAGCCAUUUGUUCAAGAUGCUUAUGCCCAACCGCACAAUCUAUGAGAUCCACUCCAAGAAGACUCAGGAACAGCGUACCCGUAUCUCCGAUCGCUUCAGAAAGACAUCCGGCGGUAUCUUGUUCACUUCUGACAUCUCUGCCCGUGGUGUUGACUACCCUGGUGUUUCGCUCGUUCUCCAGGUCGGUGUUCCCUCUACACGUGAACAGUACAUCCAUCGUCUUGGUCGCACUGGUCGCGCUGGUCGCGAAGGUGAGGGUGUCAUUCUGCUGGCUCCUUUCGAAAAGGACUUUUUGAAGAGAGAGAUUGGUGAUCUUCCCGUACAGAACCUCAUUGCCCCUACCAUUGCUGAUGAGGAUAUCGAGGCUACCGAACGUCUCACCAAGGCUGCGUUGAACUCCAUUGAUGAAGACAUGGUCAGAGAGGUUUAUACUGGCUUCCUUGGCUACUAUGCUGGUCGUGUUGCCACCCUUGGUCUCCCCCGCGCAUCUGUCGUUGAACAUGCCAACGAUUUCUUGCGUGGCUUCGGUAUCACAGACAUUCCUCACCUGUCUCCCCGCUUCCUCGCACAGCUUGGCCUU